CUCUCAGUGUGUAAAUGCAGGAAAAUGGCAGAGGCCAGUAUUUCAGUAGAUCAGCUUUCAGAAGAUCAGUUCAUCUGUCCAGUGUGUCUGGAUCUCCUGAAGGAUCCGGUGACUGUCCCGUGUGGUCACAGUUUCUGUAAGGUGUGUAUUAAUGGCUGCUGGGAUCAGGAGGAUCAAAAGGGCCUCUACAGCUGUCCUCAGUGCAGAGACACUUUCACUCCAAGGCCUGUUCUACGCAGAAACAACAUGCUGGCUGAAGUGGUGGAGAAACUGAAGAAGAAGACUGAAGUCCAAGCUGCUUCUCCUGAUCACUGUUAUGCCGGACCUGGAGAUGUGGAGUGUGAUUUCUGCACCGGGAGAAAACACAAAGCCAUAAAGUUGUGUUUGGUGUGUGUGGCUUCCUACUGUGAAAUUCAUCUGAAACCACAUCUAGAAGUUCCUGCUUUGAAAAAACACACAUUAACUGAAGCGUCUGCAAAACUACAAGAGAAGAUCUGCUCUGAACAUAACAAGCUGAUUGAGAUCUUCUGCAGAACUGAUCAAACCUGCAUCUGUUAUAUGUGUAUGAUGGAUAAACAUAAAGGACACGACACUGUCACAGCCUCAGGAGAACGAACUGAGAAACAGAGUGAGUUAAAGAAGCAGCAGAUGAAAUCCCAGCAGAGAAUCCAGGAGAAGCAGAAGAAGGUGCAGGAACUGAAACAGGCUGUGAACACUAUAAAGCUCAAUGCACAGACAGCAGUGGAGGACAGUGAGAAGAUCUUUACUAAGAUGAUCAGCUUCAUGGAGAAAAGGCGUUCGGAGGUGAAGGAGAUGAUCAGAGCUCAGGAGGAGGCUGAACUGAGUCGACCUGAACGACUCCUGGAGGAACUGGAGCAGGAGAUCACUGAUCUUCAGAGGAGAGUCACUGAGCUGGAGCAGCUUUCACACACACACGAUCACAUCCAUUUCCUCCAGAGUUUCCAGUCUCUCUGUGUCUCUGCUGGACAUCAACCUCCUCUAAUAAAAAGACCAGAUUUUCACAUGUCCAGCAUCACUGUCCAUCAACAUCACUUCUCAGAUGGAAUGAGGAAAUAUUUCUCAGAUCUGAAGAAGAAACUUGAGGAAUUCUGUGAGGAGGAAUUCAACAAAAUUCCUGCACAAGUUACAUUUUCUUUCGCAGAGCCACAGAGAAGAGAUAAGUUUUUGAAAUGUACGUCACACACACACACACACACACACACACACACACACACACACAAACAGUGUUCAGCUUGUUUUUACUCUAUUUUAGAUUUCUGUUAUCUGACUCUGGAUCCCAACACGGCACAUCGUAAACUCAUUCUGUCUGAGAAGAACAGAGCAGUGAGUUACAGUGGAAGAAAGCAGCAGUACUCUGAUCAUCCAGAGAGAUUUGACUCCUGGAAGGAAAGGACGGGGUGA